UAUUUAUUUUUUUAAUUUUAUUACAUUCUAGCAAAAUAUAAAUUUUGUCGAUUUUCGAGAAUUUAGAUUUUCGUGGUUUAAAAUUCUGAAAAAUUUAGGAUUUUGGAAUAGUGUUUUUCAGAAUUAGACAAAUUAAUAGUUUUAUACAUAAAUAAAUAAAAGAUUUGUUUAUUGUGUCAUUAUUGAGUAUAUAACCAUUUAAAAGUUAAAAAUACAAACUCUAGAAUAACUCAUAGCCGCUGCAAUCUUGAUAGAUAACGGCAUUUUCGAACUUAUUUAUGAACUUUGUUGUCAGAUUAUUAUUUGAUUAUGUAAAUAUUUUUGCAAUAUUUUUGUUUAUUAUGUUCUCCUGAAUAUUAUGCUCUGCUUUCUCAAUUGUUGUAAAUUUAGAUUUUCGUGUUGGAAUUUCUAAACUUAAAAUUCCAAAAAUGUGCGAUUUUGAGAAUUUUUGUUAAUUUAAUCUAUAGGAAUGAAUGUGGAGAAAUUACAAGACAAACAUUUUGUAUCAUUAAUGAGUUUUACAGUACUUUUAAAUGCACAUUUAAAUGCACAGGAUAUACACAUUAAUCGUAUCAUCGUAUUUUCACUUUUUCUUUAUUUCUUCUACAUUAUGCAUAAGAUAACAAUUUAAAUAAAAAUAGUCAAACGACUUAUUUCAAAAUGAACUAAUUUUAAUAAUUAUUAAAAUUUUGAAAUAAUUACUUUAAAUGAUAUUUAAAAACUUUAAAUAAUUAUUGAAAUUAUAAUUUAAAUUGGUAUAACUUAAUCGCACUAUUUACAAGUAAUCGUGCUUUAUCGGACUAAAAUAAAGGCAAUGCAAGCUGGUGAUAGAUAAAUGUGAAAUAAAAAAAAUAAAUAUUUAUUUCUUGUUUCACGAUGUAUUGACAAGUUCAACAUUUUCAGCUGCAGUAUAUGUAUAAACUGAAGAAAAGAAUAAGUACUUUGCCACGUGUAACUUACUGCAUUAUCAUAAUUUGUACGUUCAAGGAGGUGCUAUUAGUGCUAUUUGAGUCGUUCUUUCAUUCGUUAGACGUAAAACGAGGAUAGAGCGUCUCCUCGAAAGUGGCCAAUAUUUGUGAGGCAUGUGCAUUUUUAAAUUGCAUAUAUCUAAAUUCGACGAUAUAACGAUGCCGAUAUGCGCCGUCUGCAGUGCACCACGAUCGGUUCGCAAGUUUCAAUUGGUCGCAAACUAACGUGUAUAUACGCAACACGUGAAAGAUGUAUGCUCGUUUUACAUUGCAUAACGUCGCAAAAUCCAAGAGCCGAAUCGUGCGGACCCGACAAAUAUCAACUACGGCGAGUAAAGCCCGUGAGAUAAAAGAACGAAAGAUCAAAGUGAACGACAUGGAAAUUAAUUAUGGUAGUGUUGGCACGGGUGACCAUCCAGUUUUGCUGUUGCCUGGCGCCUUGGGAACUAUACGGACCAGUUUUAAGCCGCAGCUGGAAAAUCUGAAUGUGGACAAGCUGACGUUAGUGGCGUGGGAACCACCCGGCUACGGAAAGUCGCGGCCGCCCGACAGAACGUUCCCGGAUGAUUUCUAUCAGCGCGACGCCACGUAUGCCUACACUCUGAUGAAGAUUCUCGGCUACUCGAAAUUCUCUAUGAUCGGCUGGAGCAACGGCGGCAUCACGUCGCUUGUUCUCGCCUCGGCGUAUCCCGAGAGCGUCCACAAACUGGUUGUCACUGGCGCGCACUCGUACAUAACCCAGGACGAGACGAAAAUAUACGAAAGCCUCAGGGACAUCAACAACUGGUCGGAAAACAUGAGGGCACCGUUGAUGGAAGUCUACGGUAAGGAUUAUUUCCAAAAGAUGUGGUCGGAUUGGACGGACACUGCGCUGAGAUUGUACAAAACGCGAAACGGCAAUCUGUGCAAACAGGCCUUACCGAAGAUAAAAUGUCCGACUUUAAUCAUUCACGGAGCCAGAGACCCGGUAGUCAUGCUGGAGCAUCCGAUGUAUCUAAAGCAAAAUAUCCCCGACUCGACACUGUAUGUAUUCGAAGAGGGCGCACAUACUCUUCACUUAAGAUAUCCUGAGAAGUUCAAUAAUUUGGUCACGAAGUUCCUUGUUGGCCAAUCGAAAAUGCAUGAUAGUUCAAUACUAUAAAGAUCAUACAUUAUAUGUUACAUCUGUGGUGGUGAUGUCACGUAUAAUGGCAUUUUAUUAUUGUAUCGCGUGUUAUUUUAUCACAUUCACGGUUUUAUAAUAUAAAAUGAUAAUGCACCCUUCGCUUCGUCAUUUGCUUUAUUUUAUCGCAGAGCCUUUAUCAUCUUUCAGAUUCGAUGAUUUAAUGAGUUAACAUCCUAACUAACAAUAAAUUAUGUUUAGUCAAAUGUGAGCGAAUGAAAGUGGGAAUGAUAAGAAUUCCGAGCCGUCAUUACAAACCGGGUUUAUAUCAGACAUACGUCCUGAGUAAUACCUGAAUAAUAUCUGCCUAUCGAUUAAAAAUGGUUCGAAUAUACCUAAAGACCUGAAUUUGCAAAUAUUUACAUAGUAUAAUACGAAACAUUGAAAUAACAUCGAAUAACAAAUUGCGGCUGCUUAAAUUUCCGCGUACGGCUAAUGCUGCAUCAUAAUAAAUGAUCCAGUUAUUGCAUAACGUCGCAGGCAAAGCUAUUAUUCGCUUUAGAUACAUGCUGCGUAUAUUAACUGCGUAAAAUUGUUUGAUACGUGCGACAUUUAAUCUUGAAUCUUAAUAAUCUUGUACGCUCUCGAAGCGCAAAGUGCACCGCUGUUUAGAAUGAUGCAUUUAAUUUUAGCUGGAUAUACCGAUGACAUCAACAACGAGAAAAUAAUGUCGAAGAUAUCUAUGAUAAUUACAUAUGUUUUUACAGAAUAAUAGAGCAUCAAUUUAAUUUUAAUACAUUAUAACAGCGAUAAUUUGCACAUAUUUAAAUCAUCAUUAAUAUUAAUAUAUUACAUAUAAUUAGUCAAUACAUAUAAUUUUAUCUGUCGUUAUCAUAUCGAAGUUACCAAAAAAAAACGUGUUUUCUACAACUUAACGCGUGUGUUCUGGUCUAUUUCAUAUUAGACCAGAAGUCGUAAUCAAUCUGCGGAUCGCCUGCUGGCGCUUACAGCGUGCAUGCCGCAUUCGAGAUAUGUACCGAGAAAUCCUUCGCACAUAGAUAGAAAGCGGUCUUGUGCCACUUAUUAUACAAGCGUCUUUAUAUCCAAAGAGGGCCGAGGCGCGCAUGACGCUUUUUCGUCGUUCGACUUGCCUGACGAUCGAACGCGGCCGUAUAUUGAACAGGGAUUGACCAAACAGCAACAUGCGACCCCAAAUGAUGCUCUAUAUAGGGGUCUCGUAACCCAGUAUCGAAACCGGAGAUAACGCGUACCAUUACCUAAAUAGAAGCCCGGCCGUGGAUCGUAGGCUUUUCGUGCCGACCCAUUUCGAUCAACAGAUAGUCCGAAAUUUAAUUUCUCUCAUUUCCUUCCAUUUCAAGGGAAUUGAUUAGAAAUAAAGUACGCGUGAUUUGUAUAGAAAACAUUAUUUGAAUGUCACACAAUGAAAACGGAGAGAUGAAUAAACGUACAAUUUGUGUGAAAUCAAUUUUAAACACGAAAUUAUUAAAAUCUACACAAAUUUUUAAAUCUACUUUGAAAUAUAAACUCUAAAAUCUCUUCAUUUACAGAAAUGCAUUACGUUUUUUGGGCCAAACUUUUCAAUUUUAUUAGAAACUGCGAAUUUUUGAGCAGUCAAAUUUUUGGAGACAUCCUCGACUUUCGUAAUCAAGAGAAGGCGCGAGUAGUUGCAAAAUAUGAAAAAAAUUGUAUCACCGUGAGUGCAUUCGCAUAUUCUAAUUAUGUAGAGUAGGCAAAAGGGAAUGAUUUUGCAUUUUUUAAUUUCAACAUUUACUUACAUAUUCAUUGAGAUAUCACGAAGUCAUGUUCCCCAGGGAUAUAUCGUGCGUCUGAAUUCUUUGCAUUGUAAUUCUUUGUAUGAACAUCCCUCGCUUAAAAUUUCACUAGAAUAACGUAGAAUGAGGCAGAAGAAUACAUGUAUUUCGAUCAACUGUAACAACUAUACAUUAAAUGCAUUUAUGUGCAUCGCUGUUGUCAUUAA